AUGACGGAAGAAAAGGCCAUUGCUGCCUCGUCAUCUGUUGACGUGGAGAAGACUAUAGAUGUCUCAAAACAGGGCCACGUUGAUCCAACACUGGAGAAACACGCACACGAUGCCGAUGAAGCGAUGAAAGUGCUGGACGAGUUACAUGGGGAAACAAUCGAGUUAGAUGAAGCGACAAAUCGACGAUUAUUAAAGAUAAUUGAUUGGCAUAUGAUGCCGAUCAUGUGUUUUAUCUAUGGGAUGAAUUAUCUUGAUAAAACUACCCUGUCAUAUGCGAGUAUUAUGGGAAUCAAGACAGAUCUGAAUCUUGAGGGAGAUGAAUAUCAAUGGUUGUCGAGUUUAUUCUAUUUUGGUUAUCUCGCAUGGGAGUACCCAACUAACCGCCUGCUGCAGCGGUUACCACUGGGUCGAUACUCAGCCACCUGCAUUAUAAUGUGGGGUAUUAUUCUAAGCUGUUUCGCCGCUGUGAACAACUAUUCCGGGGCGAUCGCCAUUCGAUUUUUCCUCGGUGUAUUCGAAGCAGCUGUUACACCAGGAUUUGCCUUAAUCACUUCUCAGUGGUAUACCAAAAAAGAACAAGGCAGUCGCGUCAACAUCUGGUUCAGCUUUAACGGCGUCGGUCAAAUCAUCGGCGGAUUAAUCGCAUACGGCAUCGCAAUCGGGACAUCAAAGUACGGAUCCUCGAUCGAACCAUGGAAGAUCAUUUUCCUCGUUACAGGACUAUUGACCGUCGUUCUUGGAUUCAUUUUCCUCUGGAUGAUUCCAGAUAGCCAGCUUAAUGCACGAUGGCUGAGUAAGGAGGACCGCGUGCUAGCUGUUGCACGGGUGCAGGUGAACCAGCAGGGAAUCGGAAAUAAGCAUUUCAAGAUGUAUCAAGUCAAAGAAGCGGUCUUGGAUCCGAUGACAUGGGCUUUCUUUUUCUAUGCACUUAUUGCUGAUAUUCCCAAUGGUGGAAUUUCGAACUUCUUCAGUCAAUUGAUAACCUCAUUUGGAUACUCUGACCAAGAGAGCCUGAUCCUCGGUGUUCCUGGUGGCGCUGUGGAGGUUAUCGCUCUCCUGUUAAACGGUUAUAUCGGCCACAUUACCGGCUACCGUAUCCUCAGCAGUCUGGGUGGACUUGUAUGCGCACUUAUCGGCAUGAUUCUUAUUGUCGCGCUACCUGAGACCAAUAAUGUUGGUCGGUUAAUCGGGUACUAUAUGACGCAGGCUAGUCCCACCGCGUUUGUGGCUUUACUAGCCAUGAUUUCGUCCAAUGUGGCUGGCUAUACGAAGAAGACUACAGUUGCAGCGUUUUACCUGAUCGGCUACUGUGUUGGUAACAUUAUCGGCCCUCAAACCUUCCGUCCUAAAGAUGCCCCUCGUUAUGUCCCCGCCGAGAUCACGAUUAUCGUCUGUUUGGGAGUUUGUCUUGGGAUCAUGUCGUUUGUCCACUGGUGGUAUGUCAAAGAGAAUAAGCGCAAGGCGGAAAUUACAUCUCGGUCGGAUUAUGUGCGAUUGCAGAAUCAGGCAUUCUUGGAUUUGACAGACCGGGAGAACAUGGAUUUUGUGUAUGCGCUUUGA